UAAUCAUACAUUAAAGUAAAGCAACUAAAAUAGCAGCUUGGAAACCACAUUUCCAUCUCAAAGAGUGAUUACUUCAUGUAAUCACCAUUGCUGUGUUCUGCAAGCAAGUCCCUACAUUUUUAAGUUUGGAAGCAGCUCCGAUGAUCUUCGCGGACCAGGAUGACCAACUGUCCGCGUCGGGAGGCAGCGGCGCGGGAUUGGUCAAGCGGUGGUGGCGAGUCGGGUGCUCCCUGCACGUCGAAGAAGCCCUUCACUGCCACGACCUGGGACGUCUCACGCCCAGGGCAAUACAUCAUCUCAACCAAAACUCACUGCCACAGUUCAGUUUCCCUGUCUUGUACUUAGAGGAAGACAGAUGCGAGGACUCUUUCGAUCCAUACGGGAACGUAAGAUUGUACUUGGAGUUUCAUAAGCUGCUGGCAUAUUAUGGUGCCCAUUUAAAGCUGUAUCUCAUCGAUGAAUUUGUCGAAAACACUAAGGCUAUCUCUCGUUUACUUGUCACUAAAAGGAGUCCAGCGGGUCUCCCAUUGUCUCUGAAAAAGAUUGAUUUUAACAACAUGACGGGUCACCUUUUCCACAACCAAGUAACCAUCAUAAACCCAGAUGGAGAGCGCGAAGUUCUCGACCACCACUUACACAUUAUCGCAGAGUCGACAGAUGACGUGAACCGUUGGUUAUUUUUACACUGCAUCAGGAAGACAGUAAACCAUCAAACACGAACACCUAACAGCAAAUCUCUGAGCCGAAGAGCUUCAACCAGUGACGUCACUUUCCAAAAUGACGCAACGCCACGGGAUCUCAACGUACCAAACGGAAUCCGAAGUCUAAGUCGAAGGUCUUCGCUGUCGCACAGCAUCAGCCCGACCUACAGGGACACCCCUUACGAUGGGACCUCCUGCUACCUCGCUCACGCCGAACGAAAGUCUUGUCCCUCACCUUUUGAUGCUGAAAGAACGCGGACUUACCUUGGAAAAGUGCGAAAAGAUUUCUUCAGGCAAACAGAUCUUGAUUUUGUCUUAUAAUCUUCCUGAAAUUUGAUGUAAUUUACUACAAAGUUGCUCCGAACAAAAAAAAAUAAAAUAAAUUUGAACGAUUUGUUAUCAACGAUUUUAUUGUGUCGGAUGUGCAUUCACCUGCAGCAUGGAAUGUGCAUUCACAACAGUGAAUGUUCGAUGCACAGACAUAAAAAUAAUUUCAUAACUAAAAUUCUUCAUAUAUCAACUGGAUUCAAACAGUUACCGAGUCGUUAGUAGAAUUCAUUUUACAUAUUCAUUGCAUCAAGUAAUCUAUAAAUAAAUCUUUUUGAAUGCAAGAAAAGAUUUGUUGCACUUUUAGGUAAUCGAAGCAUUUUUGUCCAAUGAAAUUACGUGGCGACAUUUAUGAUUGAAGCCAUUAUGAACAGAUGUAAUGCGUCUCUUCUUAAUAAGGUAUAUCAUAAAAAAACUGUCGUAAGCCUUAUAUUCAUCCUGAUGUUGUAGAUUCAAUUGGGAUUUCUCUUAAAUACGCAGUCCAAUUAUUUGGAUGGUUCUGACACAGCAAAUUUCGGGUCAGAGAAGAAGUAAAAAUUUGGAUUCUCCAAUAAAUUGAAAGUUUUGGCUUAGAAAAUAGCUGUCUCAAUAUAAUAAUAUUAAUAUUUAGUGGGUUAUUAAGUUUGUUCAACUAUAUUAAGAAGAAUUCGAAAAUUUCAUAUGAUUUUGUAUGUGGCAUGCUGAAUAAAAUAAUUCCUCAGGUGAGCUAAAAAAAGGCGCAGUUCUCUAUU